ACUCCGCGACUCACAAACGCUGGUAAACUAAGUAGAAACAAGCGUGACUCUCUCAAAGUGGCUAUCAGACGUGGACACUGGUGUUCAUUUAAUAUUUCGUGGACAGACUAAAUAUCGUCGGGGGUAACGUCUCUAAUUUGAACCGAACAUGAGUUCGUCGUUGCCGCAGAAGCGUUACUACAGACAGCGAGCCCAUUCAAACCCGAUGGCUCACCACACGUUUGAAUAUCCUCUGUGUCCAGAGGAAAUGGACUGGUCCAAGCUGUAUCCACACUUCUUUACUGGCAACACAUCAGAGAAAGAGAGCCCUCGUGUUGAGUUUGCAGACAUAGGAUGUGGAUACGGGGGGCUUUUAGUGGAGUUAUCUCCACUUUUCCCAGAUAAACUCAUGCUGGGUUUGGAGAUCCGGGUGAAGGUGUCAGAUUAUGUUCGGGAUCGAAUCCAGUCGCUGCGUACCUCUGAGCCGGGGAGCUACCAGAACAUUGCCUGCCUUCGCAGCAAUGCCAUGAAGUACCUCCCAAACUUCUUUUCUAAAGGACAGCUCAGUAAGAUGUUCUUCCUCUUCCCAGACCCUCACUUCAAAAAGACCAAGCACAAGUGGAGGAUCAUUAGUCCCACUUUGUUGGCAGAGUAUGCCUAUACACUGAGAGUUGGGGGUUUGGUGUAUACCAUCACAGAUGUGGAGGAAGUCCACCUCUGGAUGGUGAAGCACUUCACAGAACAUCCACUGUUCACACGUGUCUCGGAGGAAGAACUGGCUGAUGAUGUCAUCAUAAGUCGUCUGGGUACGUGUACAGAAGAAGGAAAGAAAGUGCAGAGAAAUGGAGGGAAGAACUUCCUUGCAGUUUUCCGGAGGGUCGAGGAUUCGCAUUGAGACCAAACAGUCUGGACUAAACUGAAACGGUCAUAUGCAGUCACCGAAACACAGCAGAUGACCUGUAGGUUCAGUCGAUGAACAGUGAUGUUUUUAUUUUUGUAUUGAUGAUUUUUUUUUUUUUUGUGCCUUCUUUUCCCCAUAAUUUAUCAUUUUCAUUCCUCAGCUCACACGGAACAGCAUCAGAGGAGAAAUCAUAAAAGGAUUUCUAUUCAGGAUAGAUUCAUGAAGUGCUUUGUGAAGCUUUCUUUUUCUUUUUUUUAAUACAUUUGAAUAUUUUUUUAAUGAUCUUCUUCUCUUUUUGCCAAACUCAAGUUUAGUUUUGGAUUUCCUGUAAAACUGUGAAGUCUUAGUAAAAACAAAAAUUUAAAACUAAACCAAAAUUGAAAAUUCAAUCAUUUUUUGCUCAUUAUACGUGAAGUUACGAUACUAUUAACAGUUUACAGCUUUCUUUCUUUUUAACCUAAGAUUUAAAAAGGUUGUUAUUAUAUUACCUCAUGAAACUGGGCCGCAGAGUUUUGUUUUAGUUUUAAAAACCUAAAUGAAAUGCCUAAACUGUUUAUGUAAUGUUAAAACUACUCAGUUUAAUAUGCAGUGAAGAUUGCCAACAGUCCACAUCUGGCUUGUUUGCUUGGGGUCAUCAUCUGGUUUAAAGUUAUAAUUGCCCCAUGCAGUGCAGAGCAUUCAAAUUCAGUCAUAUGGAGUUUAAGGUAGAACCUGUUUUGGCUGAGAAAAUAAAAAUGUAAUGAUGGUAAUUUUGUUUAAAGUCACUUUUAGAUUACUUAACAAUUCUCCUGGGUGCAAUUAAACCUAAUUUACUCAUAAAAAACACAAAUUAACCACAACUGGUGUUAAUCAAAUACUAAAACAACUAUUAUUAUUAUACUGAGAAGUUCAAAUCAAAGGCAUCUCUAACCUUAACGGUAGCUUUCUGUGUUGGUUUUACCAUUUUUAGUUGUAUGUUACAGGUCGGUACUUUAGUCUGUCAGGAGUUUGCAAACGGGACGGAGCAAGUUUGAAGGCCUUUGUCUGCUGCAGGCUGUGGUGAUUAUGAACAGGAUAGCACAUGCCAAAAUUGAAACAUAGACACUGGGAACUUUUUUUGUUUUGUUUUUUUUUCCACGAUAAUUAGAAAUCAUUUCACUUCUGAACCUACAAAUCCGUCAAUGAAUCCCUUUUCCAAAUUAUAACAUAUAGUACCAGCUAAUUCAUGUCUUUUUAAUAAAAUUUUCAGUGAAUUACA